AUGCCACCAAUUCGUGAACAUAAAUCCGCUUCACCUAUUUCGCAACAUCGUCAAAAUCCAUCAUCCUCUGGUGAAGACGACAUCGAAAACUUUUCUCCUAAAAGUGACAAACCAUUAUCAAUGGUCGAUAAAAAACGUGGCAAAAGGUCCCCUAGUAUAAACACAAGAGCUUCAAGAGUAGAAUAUAUUGAUUCAAAAAGGAAAGCAGCCAGUUCCCUUGAACAAUAUUUACAACAUAUAGUACAAGCUUAUAAUAUUGUUCUUUGGCUUUGA